AUGGCGGGCUCCUCCAUCCGGACCUCCAGCCCUCACACCGACCCUCUGCUCCACUCCGACCCGCCUCACAGUGCCUCUGUCCCGGCCGGCCCCUCGCGGCUGCCCGGCGGCAGUGUCGCGCACGCGGACUGCCGGAUGGUGGACGUGCACGGCGUGCAGGUGGCGUCGUUCACGGUGGACGGUGCGGAGCUGGUGUGCCUGCCGCAGGUGUUCCAGCUGUUCCUGAAGCACCUGGUGGGGGGGCUGCACACCGUGUACACCAAGCUGAAGCGCCUGCGCAUCAGCCCCGUGGUCUGCACCGUGGAGCAGGUGCGCGUGCUGCGCGGGCUCGGAGCCAUCCAGCCCGGAGUGAACCGCUGCAAGCUCAUCAGCAGACCCGACUUCGAGACGCUGUACCAGGACUGCACCUGCGCCAGGACUAAACGGAUUCUUCACAUCAUCAUCAUCAUCAUCUCCACACAUCUCAUCAAACAACAGCAGAAACAGUCCAAACCCUUCUUAUGGCUGACAGCGGCGGCAGCGAUGGCCGAGAUUCUGAGGCUCCAGAAGAUGCGGAUGAUGAUGCGUUUCCAUGGCAGCAGUGAUCAGCAGCGACAUCACAGCAGACCCGAGUCGGAGAACGAGGACACGGGAGGCAGCGAAGGAUCCUGGGAAAAGGAGCAGCAGCUCCUCUCUCCUCCCCCCUCAGUUGUAGCGCCUCCUGCUGGUUCGGCAUCCCUACAUUUCAACACUUUGCAGCAGCAGAGCUCGCUGUUAGCCAACCGCCUGUCAGACCUUCCAUUUAUGGUUAUGCCACAUCCCAUCCUCCCUGUGGGCUUGCCUCCUGCCAAUGUUGCUAUGGCGAUGAAUCACAUGAGUCAGCUCAGUGAUUUAGCAAACAUGGCCGUUGUGUCACAGGUCCACACAGAAGAGAGCAAGGAGUCUCCUCUAGGUAGCCCCUCCCCCACUCCCAGCGAUGAUGAGCUCCACCCACAGGAACCAACCAGCCAAUCGCCUUCUAGGGCAUCUUCAUCAUCGUCAUCAUCACCCCUUCCACCAGCACACACACCAGAGCUGGAGAUGCAGAGACGAAAAGGACCUGAGAACAUCAGGGACUUACCUGUGUGUGUUUCUCAGGGUCUCCUGAAGGUGGCGGUGGAGAGCGCUCGCUCUCAGGACAAACGGAGCCAGCAGGAGAGGAAGGAGUUGAAACUGGAGCUGGAGAGAGAGAGGGACGCCCGACAGACGCUGCAGAGACAGCUGAGCUCCGAGCUGCACACCAGAGUGUCGAUCCAGCGGAGGCUGAAGAAGGAGAAGAAGGCAAAGAGGAAGCUGCAGGAGGCGCUGGAGUCGAGGAGGAGAGAGCAGGUGGAGCGAGCGCUCAAACACUCGGACGGCCUCACAGAUGCUGUGACUCCGGAAAGCGAGCUGGAGAAC